AUGUUGGGUGCAAAAGUGUUACGACUCAACCUCAGUGAGGUCUGCCAGUACCUCCAUGCCAAGUCCAUACUCCAUGAGAUGGUGGAGAGAAAGCUCAUCACAUCACAACAGAAAGGAAGCGCAGAGGCAUACAGCUCUACAUACGCACAGAAUAUUUCAGCUGGAGUUGCUCUGUUUAAUAAGGAGAGCCCACCCACAUUUGCACUAGAUCUGUGCAAUAUCCUUGAGGCCACUGACUGCCCAAAAAAUAGAAAAUUGGCAAUGAAACUCAGAUCAGACCACAAUAACACCAAUGUAGAAAGGAAGAAACAAGCUACUAGAAGGUUUUACCCACCACCUACCACCAUCCCACCACCAGAGCUGAAAACAUCAGAUCUCCAGAGUCAGUUCUUACAGACACUGGCAGCAGUGAUGGAGGUAUUUGAACAGCUUCCUGACUCCCUCUCUCGUCUGAAACAGUUCUUCAGUCAGCUGGUCCUGCCAAUGGGAGAGGGAAAAGUCGUCCCGAUCAUCAACCCCAGCACAUAUGAGAAUGCUGCCUCAACAGAAGAGGUGUUCAGAUGUCAGUCUAGUCUCUGGAACUGCUUCAGUCCCCACCUCCUCAUGAUGAUGUCAGAGGAGUGUCAGUGUCCUCAAGCCAUGAGGCAGUGGAGCAGUUCCUACAGUUUCGCAGCAAGUGUGCCUCUUCCAUGAUUUGUCGACGGACAAAAGUACCGACACAAAAGCAAGCAACACGACCACUUCCCUCAGUCCGUCUCACCUGGCCUGCCACACUUGUCCCCUCAACGACCUGCAGUCUCUUCAUCCCAGAGUGUUUGAUGAGCACAAGAGUCCAGAGCAUCUGGAGACCAUCAGAGUCACAGUCCGCGGUUGAUCGACCUCACCUCACUCUCCAGG